AUGGCGCCGAAAAGAAAUCAGAAGCUGAGCAGAAAGGCUCCUCAGUCAUCCUCUUCAUCAGCUCCCAAGUUACAAAUUUCGGCGGAAAACGAGAACCGCCUCCGGCGCCUCUUGCUGAACUCUGGCCGUCCCACCCCUGCGGCCGACGAUACCCUAACAAAGGAUCAGAAAGCGAAGAAGCUCAAAGCUGUUUACGAGAAACUCUCUUGCGAAGGAUUCAUUGAUCAUCACAUUGAGCUUGCUCUCUCCGCUCUCAAGGAAUCUACUACAUUUGAGUCAGCUCUUGAUUGGUUAUGCCUCAAUUUGCCCGGAAAUGAACUUCCACUCAAGUUUUCCACUGGGACUUCCUCUCAUUAUAAUCAAGGGGGUUCUGUCGGUGUCAUAUUAAACCAACACGAUACUUCAACUUCCUCACUGGAUCCAUCCAUCACAACAACUAAGGACCAAGUUCUAGAAUCUCCUCUCUUAAUCAAGAGACACUUGAAUAAUGAUACUUUAAAUUCUUGCCAAUCCUCACAAGCUGAUUGGAUUAGGCAAUAUGUCGAGCAGCAGGAAGAAGAGGAUCAAGAUACGUCUUGGGAAGAUGACCCUUUUUACCAAAGUAGUGCUGCAAACAAGCUCCGUGAACCUAGGCCUUAUGAUGUUAUUGCCAAGGAGUAUCUUGCUGCAAGAUUCGAAGCUACAAAGGCAAAGGAGAAAAAGGACAAAAAACAUCAGCAGCAGGCAAGCCUUAUCAUACGAAAACUGAAACAGGAGUUGUCUUCUCUAGGAUUAUCAGAUGACACUUUGGCUUUAGAAUACGAGCAAAUCAGUACUAACCAUGCAUCUGAGAGAGCAUCCAUGGGCCAUGAGCCUUUGACAGACGAAGCAUCAGGUGAUGGAGAAAGUAAUUCAGCCAUUAUUCAGCCUUCUAAUGGGGGAGCAAUAAAUGGAGGUGAUGUGAAGCUUCCUAGAGUGGAGGAAAAUCUUGCUAAUUCUUGCUUGCAUGCUAGUCAUGUUGAAAAAGACUCUACACAAGAAGUUACCGAAGACAUUGAGCUUGGCGGUUUCUUCUUGGAGAAUGUGCCGUCUAAUGAAAUACACUCUGAUAUUUUGAAAGCACAAAAACUAGAAAAAAUCAAAAGAUUAUCUGAGAAGAACUUGGAUAAGUUAGAUGGCAUUUGGAAGAAGGGAGACCCUCAAAAGGUUCCAAAGGCUAUUCUUCAUCAGUUAUGCCAGAAAUCAGGAUGGGAAGCUCCAAAAUUCAAUAAAAUACUUGGCAGAGGAAAGAGUUUUUCCUAUACUGUAAGCAUAUUGCGUAAAGCUAGUGGGAGGGGAAAGAGUCGAAAAGCCGGAGGGCUGGUAACACUUAAGCUUCCAGAUCAGAAUGAGAUCUUUGAAUCUGCAGAGGACGCACAGAAUAAAGUGGCUGCAUAUGCUUUGUCCCAACUAUUUCCUGAUGUCCCAAUUCAUCUUGUAAUUACCGAGCCUUAUGCGUCAGUUUUUAUGAAGUGGAUGGAAGGGGAAUCGUUAAACAAACUAGAAGACAACGUGGAAGAUCACAAGUCUCGUUUUGUGGAGUCAUUAUUAAGUGGCGAUGGUUCCGCUGAAACUGCAUCUGCUGAUGUUAUAAACGAUAAUUUUCCUCAAAACAUCGGUAGAGUUGAUGAAAAUAAAAGUUCAACCACUGAAAGUCAUCAAUCAUUUGUGCAGAGAGGAACUUAUAUUAAGGAAUUGGAGAGUGCUAAUUUGAGACAGGUGCAAUACACUAAAAUGGGGUCGCAAAGAUACCAGGAUAUGUUGAAUUUUAGAGCUACACUUCCUAUUGCCACACUUAAGGGUGAUAUAUUGCAAAUGCUAAAGGAAAAUGAUGUUCUUGUCGUUUGUGGGGAAACAGGCUCUGGAAAAACAACUCAGGUUCCACAAUUCAUAUUGGAUGAGAUGAUUGAGUCAGGACAUGGUGGACAGUGUAAUAUUAUUUGCACACAACCAAGGAGAAUAGCGGCUAUUUCUGUGGCUGAAAGGGUAGCUGAUGAGCGGUGCGAACCUUCACCAGGUUCUGAUGGCUCCUUGAUUGGUUAUCAAGUUCGUCUUGAUAGUGCCAGGAAUGAGAAAACAAGGCUUCUGUUCUGUACAACAGGCAUCCUUCUGAGAAAAUUGAUGCUGUACAAACAGAAUAUUACUGCCACUGUUCUCUCCUUUAUUGAUCUCCUCUUCCUGGGAGUGACCUCUUCGAUCUGCGGCCACAGCGCAGCCGCCAGCCAGCAAGAAAUCUUUUUCAAUAAGUUCCCCUGCAAAACCCUGCCAUCUGGAGCCCCUCAGGCUGUUACAGCUGCUGCCCACUCAGGCUCUAGUGUGAAAUUUUCUGGUUCGACUGGUGCAGAAUUUUCUGGUUCGACUGGUGCAGAAUAUUGUGGUUGUGCUGAUGCAGAAUUUACUGGUUCUGCUGGUGCAAAAUUUAUCGGUUCAGCUGGUAUGAUGUCAAGGGCAGGUUCAACCAUCUCAAAAUUUGAAAAUUGGAAUUCUGCUGUUCUGUUCAGGAAUAAGGUGUUCACCACCUGA